AUGGACGCACGUACUGAAGCUAACAAUCAUUUGGAGCAGUUCAGCAAAGCUAUGAGCAUGUUCAGGGACAGAGCGUUAGAGAUUUUAGUGUUCAUACUGUUCCGCUUCACCCGGCGACUAGUGCUGACUUUUCAGAAGUUCACAUGGGCAGUCACUGGUGUGGAGCGAAUCCGGCGUGACGCAGCCAGGGGACUUCAGUUUAAACAGAGCGCCCACGUUCAAGAAAUCUUCUGGAAGAGAAAAUAUCUAGAUCAUUCAGUGGCAGAUCUUAGCAACUUCAUCACGACCCAUAAAGGCUUCAGACAACCGAGCUGUGUCUUCAAGUCAAACGUCUCGCUCUACUGCAUGACCAGAAAAGAAGCCGUGUUCAUAGAAGUCAAAGAGACCGACAACGUGUAUAAAUCCAAGCACAGCACGUAUCUGUAUCAAAACCAGUACCAUCAUGCUGUCAAUGUCAUCACCAUGCCAUUGGCUUCCUUCCACAAAAUGGCCAGUGAUGUGGGAAGUCCGCGAGUUCCUGUCACGUGGAUGGCGUCAACCAUCAGAAGUGGGUCUACGCUAAUUAGCCAGAUGAUGAGCAGAAUUCCAGGUAUGCUGGUGUUGUCAGAACCGGAUGCCAUAACAACACUUGGUUUCCUAUUUAAAAACAAGCUGAUUCAGGGCAGUGAGUACAAGCAGCUCCUCGCCAGCUGUGUCAAACUUCUCUGCAAACCCGAUGAUCGCUACAGUGCUGUCUUUGUCAAAGCCAGGCCAUGCACCACCAGCCUUCUUGAAGAGAUCGUCCAAGCAUUCCCCAAAUUUAGGUACCUUUUCAUGUACAGAAACAGUGUUAAAAGUAUCAUGUCUAGUCUCAGUUUACUCCAGCAGGAUCCAGCUCCGAACGCUCUUCGGUUUAUCAUGGACAGCAGCAUUCUGUCAACGCUCCUCCCCUUUGUCAGAUCUUAUUUCUAUUACUAUCACGUCUUUCUCAAUGAGAAGAAAGUACCAGGGAUAAUCCCGAAGAAACUGGACAGUGUUGGCAUUCUAACAGCUGCAUGGGCAGCCAGCAUUUCACAGUGUUCUGACUUGCGGUAUAAAGGCUACAACAUUGGGUCAAUCCUAUACGAAGAUUUCAUGAACAACCCCAGAAGAUCACUUUCAGUUCUUCUACAGCGCUUAGAUAUUAGAACCGAGCAUCUGAGUGUUGCAGCUGAAGCUCUCAAAGUGGACUUCAACAGAGGUGUCGCUCACGAUCUGGCAAUGGAUUCAAGGCGAGCUCUGUCACCAGAAAGUCGACAAGAAGCAGACAACAUCCUUAAGGCAUACGGGCUUCCUAAACUUGGAGAGAGAUAUGAAAUAUCAGGACUUCUAAAACUAGAAUAA